AUGGGAGAUUCUACUAACGAGUCCGAGUCGCUACAAGUCCGCAAGAAGAUCGUACCAGGCACUAUCGAUGUUCAUCCAACGGAUAAUGCCAUAGUAGUAAACUACACUGUUCAGGCAGCAAUUGUUGAAAAUGGACAGCUUGUUAUUGGUGAUAAGAGGAGCAGCCAAAAAGUAAUUCGAGUCAAGGCACUGCAUGCAAAUUCCAACAUUGCUAGUCUCGCACAGGAAGUGGUUGAUAAAUGCAAAUUGAUUCACGCAAAUCGACUUACAGAAGUUGAACAAAUUCUUUAUUAUCUCCAGCAACGACAGAUAGCUCACUGCUCAACCGAUGCAGUCGAGUCAGAUCGAGUCUGGCUGCGCAAGCAACUGGAUAAGGUGCGCAAGCCAAGUCUUGGUGACGAAGAAAAAAUAAAUAUGAAAGCCGUUCAGGAUGAACCAUCGUCUAUGUUUAAAAUGGACAAUUACAUUGAAGGUCUUUAUGAAGACAUUCCCGAAAAAGUAAAAUCCACUCGAAGUAUAUUGCAGCUAGCCAAGGUGCCAGAGAAUAUGAGACUGUUGAUUGAAAAUGAAUCACUCAUGAGCGCACUAUCUCGAGUGCUGAGAGAGGAUGGACGCAAAAGCAUGGAGUUGGUUACAAACAUUAUAUAUAUAUUCUUUUGUUUUUCAAAUUUUUCUGAAUUUCAUUCGAUUGUCACGGCCAAUAAACUUGGUGACAUGUGUCUUCGAUUGACCGAUCAGGAAGUUACCAGAUUUGAUUUAUGGGUUCAAGAUCUUCGCAAACUGGAAGCUAAUGUCUCGCAAGCACCAAAUGACAAAUCUUCCAUUUCAAAACUCGAUCAAGGAUAUCAAAAGUUUCAAAAUAUGCUACGCAAACAGGAUCAAUUAUUGUUUGUGUCAUUUCAUCUGCUACUCAAUCUUGCCGAGGAUACAGGCAUUGAAGUCAAGAUUGUCAAAAGAGAUAUUGUCAAGUAUCUUGUCGAUAUUCUUGAUCGCAAGACACCCGAGUUGCUCGUUUUGGCAAUCACUUUUCUUAAAAAGCUAAGCAUUUUCCGAGAAAAUGUAGACGAGAUGUUCAAACAUGCGGAUGAUCUUCUCCCCAAACUAGGAUUUUUGAUUGAUACUGAUAACAGUAGACUAAACAGCAUGACACAACGGCUUUUGUUAAAUUUAUCACACGAUUCAAGAUUCAGAAGUUUACUAGUACGACAAGAGUUUCAUCAAAAAUUAAGAGAUAUUUUCCACAGUCAAAAUUCGUCCAUGUUGACUCUUCAGCUGUUAUAUCAAUUAAGUAUUGACGAGCCAAGUCGGUUUUCUCCAAUUUUUUCUACAUGUAUACCCCAGAUUAUUCAAAUGAUUUUGGAAUACAAAGGAGAUCGAGUCAAUAUCGAAGUGAUGGCUUUUGCAAUCAAUAUGUCUACAGUUUUACGGAAUGCACAAAUCAUUUGUCAAGAUAAUGGAAUCAAGUUUUUGAUUAAAAAGGCAGUUAAAAGCAACGAUCCUCUGCUUUUUAAAAUGCUACGCAAUAUUUCUCAGCAUCCCGAUGAGAAUACUAAAAUGAUGUUUUUGGACUAUAUUGACGACUUGAUGCGUCUGAUGCUCAAAUCAAUGUCAAAUCCAGAUGUUCUAAUAGAAAUUCUUGGAAUUAUCGGAAACCUGACUAUUGCCGAGUUUGAUUUCAAAAAACUUGCAGUGGCCUACGAUCUUUUACAAUUUAUCAAAAACAUUUUUCAGACGUCCAUUGCAAAUACUCAAAUGGAUAGUAAAAGCUUUGGUAUUUCUGAAACCAAUAGAAAAAAUUCUGACUUGACCAAGAUCGAUGGAGUAUGCAAAAAUGACGAUUUGCUUCUUCAAGUAAUCAUUCUUUUGAGUACCAUGUCGUUGGAUGAAAAUAUUUCGCCCAUGGUUGCCACCACCAACAUAAUCCCGCUUUUGAUUGAAAUUAUGAUUGGCAAGUUGAUUAUUUUUGACGAGCUUCUUUAUGCACUGUUGGAAGAGGAUGAUGAAAUCAUCUUGCAAGUGUGCUAUUGCAUCUACCAGUUUCUUUUACACGAUUCAACCAGGACUAUUCUGAUUGGAAAAAGUGAUGUAGUUGGAUAUUUGAUUGAACUUUUGUAUGAUCGUAAUAUCGAAAUCCGCAAAGUGUGCGAUGCAUCGCUAAGCAUAAUUGGAGAGAUUGACGAAGACUGGAAUCGUAAGCUUCGACAACAAAAGUUUGCAUGGCAUAAUUCUGAAUGGAUUUCAAUGAUGACAGAAAUCCCCGGAUCCCCAUAUAGCGGUAUGGAUGAUAGCUCACUUAUGUAUGCUAAAAAUAGUAGCACAGAUCUUUCACUUGGCAACAGCGCAGGAUACCGUGGCGCUCUUUCUCCAGGAAUGUAUGAUAAUGACAGCGACGACGAGGAAGCAAGACAAAGUGGAAUCGGAGGAUCAAAUGCACUAUUGAAUGGACCUGGACUAUAUUAA